AAAAUAAAAAAUAAAUAAGGGAAAAAUUAAGGCAGAUUUAUUCUUGUUCUUGACAGAGGAAGAGGACGUUCUGGAUUUUGGUUCGACGAUGAGAAAGGAAGACACAGUGAAGCUGAUCAGCGCCGAGGGUUUCGAAUUCAUCAUCCACAAAGAAGCCGCCAUGGUUUCUCAGACCAUUCGAAAUAUGCUCACCUCUCCUGGAAGUUUUGCCGAAACGCAACAUGGGGAGGUAACAUUCCCUGAGAUCAGCACCACUAUUCUUGAGAAGAUCUGCAAGUAUUUCUAUUGGAAUCUUCAAUUUGCCAGUGGGAAAGAGACCGAGUUCCACAUUGAACCUGAAUUGACUCUAGAGUUGAUGAUGGCAGCUAAUUAUCUCCACACUUAGUAUAUUAUCUCUUUCUUGCUUCUUGGAACACCGUCCUUUCUGUCAUUGUUUAUUCGAGGACAAGAAUGUGGCUGGAGUUCGUAGGAAUUGUAUAUUGUUAAUAAGUACUGGAAUUUACUCCUAGAUUGCAAUUUUAGUAUAGCGUACAAGGAUACAUUUGAUUGGUACUCUUGGAACAGUGUAUGACUGCAGACUGACGUGGUUAUGUUCUUUGCAAUUAUUAAGACCAUGUAUAAUUGUUGCUUAAUCAAAUAUAUUGCACGAAUGUUUUGUUUUGGA